CUUCCCAUCUUCUAUCUUCUCUUUCCCGUGAAUUUAUUUUGCCUGCAACGUAAACUAUGGCAAUUCUGCAACGGCAUCCACGGUGACAACUCUACAACAGCGGCCACGUUCCACGGUGCGCCUCCGAAGCGGGGAAGCGUGGUUCCGACGCCGUGUCGGAGCUUCCUUCUCAACAACUCUCACUUUAUAACAUUAUUCACACAUUGUAGGGAAACCAACUUUAUCAACAUUUUAGCUUCAUAACUUUUUCCCUAUUACAGCUUAUUGACUUACCAAGACUCUACAAGUUUUAGUGGGUUUUAUCUUGAUUGGAACUAUUUCUACACUCCUUAAAGUUGUGUUUCUACGUAGGGCUAGGGGCUUCUAGGAGUGAGGCCGAAAGUUGAUUUGGCUCAACCUGAUUCGGCCAAGAAGCUCCCCAAGUCUAAACCCCAAUUACCUUCUUUAGAUUUAAUUGUUCCCAUUCAUUAGCCCAUUCCUAGUCCUACUUGGGAUUCUUCAUCUCGAAUUGAUAUGGAUGGUUCAAAUUCUAACAUGUGUGUUGCUGCUUGUUCUAUUGGUACUCCCUCAAGGUCUCCAAGAUCAACAUCAUUGUAUCUUGCACCGGGUUUGAUUUCGCCACCAAGGGGUCUAAAUGGAGUGGAUUAUGUGGUUUCCAGUCCUUGGUCUAACAAGAUAGCCUCCUGUGCUAGUAUGAUAAUGUCAUAAUUGUCUAUGAUGUUGUUAUGGUUGUUUUGCAUUUGUGUUAGCUUUUUCAUUCAUUCAUAUUUUUUUCACUAAAUUAUUUUGCAUGUUAUUGGAUGAUCAGGGAUAAGAAGACAUUUCACCCAACAUAAAUGUUAUAAAUUGUUCGUAGGUUGCUCACCAAAAUCAUAACCAAACCCCACUUGGCAAUAUAAUUGAUGAGAUAGCUAACACCUAUAUAUAUAUGGUUUUGUUAAUGGAAAAUGAUACUUUAACAAAAAUAUUUUUUAACAAACUUUGACAAUCUACCUAUUUGGGUAAAAAAGUACAACUUUAUUACUUCAUUUUGGUUAAAAAAUAAAAGAUUAAUUUAUUUUAAUUAUAUUUAUGGCAACUUUGUCAAGUUUGUCAAAACAAAUUUGUCAAAACAUAAUUUUCCUUUUGUUAAUAGCAUGAAUAUUUAACAACAUGAAGUUAUUUGAUUGUUUAAUGUAUUCUUCCACUUAGUUUGUUUUUAUUCCCCUUUAAAGAAAUUUCUUCCAAUUGGCUUUUUGUUGAAGCUCUUUUUCUGUGACUUGCUUUGUAAAACGAUUUUAAGAGAUGCCAUAAAGUGGUUUGACAUAUCUAUUAAUCCUUAAUACAAACUUUUACUGUAUAAUUUACUUGAAACCACAAUUCUAAUGAGAAUAACACUAAGAAUACAACUGCAUCUGAAUUUUGUCCUUAGAGGCUUUUGGCAUUGUAGUUUUAUUCUUCUUAUGUAUGUAGUUGGUUUGAAUAUGCCUUGGUUUGGUUUGUGAAGACUUGGCCAAUGCAGAUUAUAUGUUGAUAAAAAUUGGGUUUGUAAUUUUUUUUCUUCCAAAGAUGGGAUUGUUGGUGAUGAACCACUCAUUGAAAUAGCCAAAUUUGCUUGCUUUUACAAAUUUUAUAGGUUAGUUUGGAUCCUUGGUUUGAACACGCACUCUUUCAAAGUUCAUAAUAAUCCUAACAAAAAAUGGUGAGUCGAAAGUGAGUCAAAAGUGAUGAACGACCAAGUGAUCAAAGACAUUAUAAAUGACGUUGACUUGGAUAGUGUAAGAAUUGAUAUGAAGUAAAACUUGUCCUACAUAUAAUAUAUACAUUCUUAAACCUUGGGUUUGCAUAUAAUUGUUUGCUUUGUUUGGUGAAGGAUGGUAAUUAGUUUUGCAGAGUUUAAGGCAAUAAUGAAGACAAGAGGAGAUUGGAAAAUGGCUUCUCGUCAGUACUCAAAAGCAUUCAUCAAGCUUUAAGAAAGAAAAACCAGUAACACCAAGUGCCGCCCCUUCACCAUCUCUGUCCAGUUAGGUCGUCGUCAACAAUGGUUGUUAUCGGAGGCUUCACCGGUGCCUUCACAAGUUUUUUAUUUUCUUUCAAUACUCAGAUCGAAACCACUGCGACCCCAUCCAUGGUGUCAACUUCGACAUCUUCAUGGGCCUGGCCGUGUGUUCUCCGGCGUGUCCCCCAGCAGGGCCGUGUCUGGCCCAAUAAACCACGUCCGACGCGGUGUCGCACGCGCGUCGUGCACGCAUCCGUGUCCAGUACGAGAGGCCGACAUGGAGGCGCGAUUUUUAUGGUGUGUCAGAGCUUCCUAGAGGAGAACCCUUUUACCUUGUGGCACAUCGAUGAAGAGCCUGAAAUGAGUUUGGAGAUUGAAGAAAUGGGGUCUUGUCAAAGUAGGGAAUUGCGUGAGGUUGAGGGCGUUGUGGGGGAAAUUGUUCAGCUUGCGAGGAACUUGCCUCAAAAUCUGACUCUGGAGGAGGCUUUGGGUGAGUAUGAAGGAAGGGUCAAUGAGAAAGAUUGUUGGGAGGUUCUAGAAAUACUUGGGGAGGAGCGCCUCUUGCUGUGUUGUGUGUCUUUCUUUCGGUGGAUGAGUCUGCAGGAAUCAUCACUUGUUACACCUAGGGCCUCUAUUGUGUUGUUUCCAUUGUUGGGAAAAGGAGGGAUGGGUGAUGAGGUGAUGGGUUUGUUCGGAAGCUUGCCGUCUAGCAUGGAGUUCAGAGAUGUUCAUGUUUAUAAUGCCACAAUUUCAGGACUUCUGUAUGGUGGCAGGUAUGAAGAUGCUUGGAAGGUGUAUGAGUCAAUGGAAACGGAGAAUAUUCAUCCAGAUCAUGUGACAUGCUCUAUUAUGGUUACCGUUAUGAGAAAACUUGGCCAUAGUGCAAAAGAUGCAUGGCAAUUUUUUGAGAAAAUGAACAGAAAAGGGGUCAGAUGGAGUGAAGAAGUCCUGAGUGCAUUAAUAAAGUCUUUUUGUGAUGAGGGUCUGAUGCGGGUGGCUCUGGUCAUUCAAUCCGAAAUGGAGAAAAAAGGGGUUUCUUCAAACGCAAUUGUGUACAACAUUCUGAUGGAUUCAUACUGUAAAUACAACCAUGUAGAAGCAGCUGAAGGCCUUUUUGUGGAGAUGAGAGCCAAAGGGAUUAAGCCUACUGUAGCUACGUUCAACAUUCUAAUGCAUGCAUACAGCAGAAGAAUGCAACCCAAGAUUGUAGAAAAGCUAAUGGCUGAAAUGCAAGAUGUUGGCUUGAAGCCAAAUGCCGAAUCAUAUACUUGUCUAAUUAGUGCAUAUGGUAAGCAAAAAACCCCGAGUGACCUGGCGGCUGCAGAUGCAUUCUUGAGGAUGAAGGAAGUUGGUAUAAAAUCCACCUCACAUUCUUAUACAGCACUAAUCCAUGCAUAUUCAGUUAAUGGCUUGCACGAGAAAGCUUACAUAGCAUUUGAAAACAUGAAAAUGGAAGGUAUUAAACCUUGCGUAGAAACCUACAAUACUUUACUAGAUGUGCUUAGGCGCGCAGGUGAAGCUCAAACACUUAUGGAAAUAUGGAAGUUGAUGAAAAAUGACAAAAUUGAACUGACACGGACAACAUUCAACGUUCUUGUUGAUGGUUUUUCUAAACAGGGUCUCUACAUGGAGGCAAGAGGCAUAAUAUCUGAGUUUGGAAAGCUUGGAAUGCAGCCAACAGUGAUGACAUACAAUAUGCUGAUGAAUGCUUAUGCAAAGGGAGGGCAACACUCAAAACUGCCACAGAUAUUCAAAGAGAUGGCAGUUCUUAACUUACAACCAGAUUCUGUGACUUACUCAACUAUGAUAUUUGGCUUUGUCAGAGUUCAUGAUUUUAAGCGGGCAUUUCUUUAUCACAAGCAGAUGGUCAAGAAUAAACAGACUAUGGAUGUCAGUUUUUAUCAGACUCUUCUGGACAUUCUGGAGGCCAGAGCUGCUCGGAAAAACAAGGAUUGGAGAGCCUUGCAUGCUCAGAUUAAAGGUAAGACAGGUGUGAAAGUGAUCAGGCAGAAAGAUGAGUUUUGGAAGUACUACAAGAGAAGACGUGGAAGAAAAAAUAAUUCUGAUGGUUUCAUUCUACUGUUUCAAACCGAGCGUUUUGCAAGAGUUCCUUCUUCCUUCUUUUUCCUUCUACUGCUUCUACGUGCCUUCCAGUCAAGAGGCUUGAACCCGUUUUCUUCAGCCACUCUUGUUCAAGCCUAUUUCUAAUACGGGUAACUUGAAAAGAGAAAAUUCUUGAGAAAGUUCUUUCCAGGAUCAAUGACAGCUGCUGCAAGGAGGGAAAUCAGUGGGUUCAGGCAAUUUCAAGGACAAAAAUCUGAAUGAACAUUGGCUGCAGCAGAGCACUAUGGGACAACAACUUAAUGCCGAGAUGCAAAAUCUGGCCAGAUUGAGAAGCAUGUGAAUUCCAGUUUGGUCUGUGCAUUAGUUCAGUCUUAACAGCAAAAGUUAACCAAGGCGGCAUAUUCUCUCUGGUUCAAUCUUUCUGACCCUGUUUCCUCUAAUCUUUUCUGUUGAUGAUGAUUAGUACAUAUUCAUAAUUCUUUUAGCAUUGUAUUUAGUAAAGUUCUGCAUUUUAGUUUUACUCCUUUAAAUACUUAGUGUUAGCUUUGUUAGAGCAAGUUGAAUUUGCAUAUUUGAAUGUUUUGGUUGGUUUUAGCAUUAUAUGUCUGUUUCAGUGUUAUAGUCUUAUUUUAGUUGUUAACUAGGAUAGUAUUUUCUGUAUUUCUUGGGUUUACAUAGUGAAAUAUAAAGUUCUGCAUAAUUUUCAGUUGUUGUUUGUAAUUCUAGUAUUCUUUUGCUGUUUUAAACUUGUAGAAGUUAGGUUAGUUGGUUUUUAAUUGCUGAUUUGUGAUUAGCUUGUUCUUAUGCCUAUUUUUGCUGUCAAAUAGUAAGAUUUUGGGUCUGCACAUAUCAGAUUUCGUUUUUCUUGUUAUUUCUGAAUUUUAACUUAACUUUUAUCUUCCAAAUACCAAUUAGAAGUUGUCUAGAUACUUACAUUUCAGUUUUAAGUUCUAGUUAGUGCAUUUACGGAUUUUGACUAGCUUUAGCAUGCAUUUCCUAGGAUAGAAUAGUGAAAUUUUGCUUUUUUUUUUAGUAGUAAUUAGAUUAGUUUUUAGCAUUAGUAUACCAUUUAGAAAUUGUUUAGAAAGUAAGUUUACUGUUUAGAUAGCUUAGAUAAUUAGUUUUAGCAGUUGUAGCCUAAGUAGAGUAACUAGUUGUUAGAUUUAGGGUUUCUUUUUUAGGUUUUAACCAGUCAGAUUUUCAGUUUUAUGGUAAUUUCAAAUUUUAGUUUAGUUUUUAACUUUCUUUGAUCAUUCAAAAGCUGUCUAGGUAGUUAGUUAGCAGUUCUAAAUAAUUAGAUUGUUUUGCUACUUUUGGCCUAGUUUAGUUGCUAGUUUUAGGUCUUAGGUAGUCAAAUUUUGAUUUUUAGGUAGUUUUUGUUAUGUGACUUGUUUCUUUGCUAGAUUUAAUGGUUUUAAACUUGUUAGGACAGUUUCCUUACCUUUUCUUAAGCUAGUUUGGUGCAGUUUGAUCUUUGAUCAUUCAAAAGCUGUCUAGAUAGUUAGUUAGCAGUUCUAAAUAAUUAGAUUAGUGCAGUUUUCAGUUUUGCUACUUUUAGCCUAGUUUAGUUGCUAGUUUUAGGUCUUAGGUAGUCAAAUUUUUAUUUUCAGGUCGUUUUUGUUAUGUGACUUGUUUCUUUGCUUGAUUUAAUGGUUUUAAACUUGUUAGGACAUUUCCUAACCUUUUCUUAAGCUAGUUUAGUGCAGUUUGAAUUUUUUUUAGCUAUUCUAGUCAUGUUUUUGAGUUUGAGGUAGUAAGUUUUAGAAGUUCUUGUAGGAGUCAGGUUUUGAGUCUUCCUUUGAUCAUUUUUAGUUAAUUAGGACUGGUAUGGAUAGUUUUAGUUGCUGUAUUUGGUUCUUUACAAAUUUUCAUCCUUGCUCCCUCAUUAUUUUCACUUUCAUGAUAUGCAUUUAUGUAAAAAAAAAAAUUCUGAUUUGAGUAGAUUGCAUUUUAGCUAGUUUUUACACUCAUUUCAUUAUGGAUAGGUGAUAUACAUGUUAUAAACUUUGUUCACCAGUUUUGAUACAUUAUUUACCUUGAGAGACUUGGGCCUUAUGAUUGAUUCUUGUGUGAUUCACUUGUGUGGGGCUGCAUUCUAGAACUUGUGGAGACUCUUGUGAUGCCAAUUGUUCUUGGGGACAUGGCCUGCAGUGAUGAUUCUUCUGGAGAGACGAGGUCGUCUUCCUCAGCACACUUACCUUGACUACACACUUACCAAUCUCAUGGCUGCUGUUAUCAUUGCUUUCACCUUUGGAGAGGUUGGCAACACUGCCCCCAACUUCUUGUCUCAACUCCACCAGGAAAACUGGCCUUCAGUUCUGUUUGCCAUGAGGGUGGAGUGGUGCUGAGUGUUGGAAAUCUUUCAACGCAGUAUGCUUGGGCUUUUGUUGGCUUAUCAGUUGUAGAAGUGAUUAGAUCAAGCAUAACUGUUGUUAUACGUAUACCAUCAUGGAUGCACCUCUUAGAUUCUGAACCUAUGUUGCUUUCUUACUCUGAUAAGAACAUUGGGAAGAACACACCACAAAA